UCUUUCGUAGUAGAAAACAAGAAACCGUGUGGCUGACAACAGCCAAACAAACCGAACGAAAGAUGCCAAAAAAGGGAGGAAAAAAGAAAGGUGGAAAGAAAGGAAAGAAGAAAUCAAAGACAGUCGCAGGAGCAGACGCCAUUAUUCAGAGGCUUCUGAAAAGCUAUGAAAGGAAUUGUGCCUUAACAGAGUCUCAACCAAGCCCAUGGAUUAGAAAUGCAUUAAAAGGCUGUCUAGAGAAUGGAACCGUCCUUGAUAAGUUCGUUGUGGAAUCAUCAGUCGUGGAAAAGGAAGGAGACAUGCCUGUUUUGUUGGAACCCUUGCUGGCAGCUAUACGACAGGAACGCUAUAUACACAUCAAAGACCUCCGUAUAUGGAACUAUCCGAUGUCCCACGAAAAUACUGCUACAUUAGGCUUACUCCUGGAGAAGCAAUGUUAUCCUCUGCGUCUGGUCGAGUGUAUGGACUGUCUUAUGGAGCCCUACUCUGUUAUGAGGUUUGCUCGAUCCUUCAGGGCCUGUAGUACAUUGACAACCAUAUCACUAGACUACAAUGAAUUUGGAGACGAAGGAUGUAAAAACCUAAGUAAAGGUAUGGAGGGGAAUGUCACUAUCCUGUCUAUCAGUAUGUGUUUCUGUGACCUCGGGCCUGAGAGUGGAAAAUAUCUAGGCAAUAUUGUAUCACGGACUGCAGUCAGGGACCUUUUUUUAGAUGGAAAUAACUUGGAAUGUGAAGGUGCUAUUGAUAUCAUUAAGUUGUGUGCCGAACAAGCUGACUUUGAAGCAUUUCAGAAGGCAGAGAAAGCUCGUCUGAAGGCAGAAGAAGAGGCUUUGAAGCUUGAACAAGAAAAAGAAGGUCGGCUUAGAGUCCAUUCGGCGUUAUCUGGUGGCAUGGCUUCAGGUUCUGAGAAGGAAGAUGCAGGAGGGGAUGAUAAAAAGAAAAAGAAGAAGAAAGGUAAAAAGAAGAAAAAGAAGAAGGAAGAGGGUCCACCACCAGUUGGUCCCUGGAUACGAAAGCUUCACUUGGCAGACAAUGGCAUUGACAAUGUCGCCUUUGGCAAGGAAUUUGCACCAAUAAUAUUUGUACGAGUUUUAAAAAAAUUAAUUAUGGGCUCUGAGUCAUUAGAGGAGCUGGAUUUGGACGACAACCUCAUUGGGGACUUGUCUGCUCGGGAAAUUGUGGAGGCGCUUGAGCAUAGAAAGGAAGAAAAAAUGGGAGGUGUGAAAUUAAAGACAACACACAGACUUCAAGCUGAUACAUUUAAAAAUUUAUGUAAGCUUGGAGCUGGUCUGAAGAAAAAGAAGAAAAAGGGAAAAAAGAUGGAAGAGUUUAAUGAAAAAGAAGAAGUGAUAAGCUACAUGGAGCUAAUGGAUCAGGACACGAGUCAUUAACAUCUGAGUUCACUUCAGUUUCUACUUCCGUAAUGAUGUCACCACAAACACGACAUGAAAAUAGAUCUCCAUAACAACACUAAAUUACCAUGGUAACAUGAACAGACAUUCCUUCUAUAACGACAGAUCCAGGUACACUCACGUCUAGUCAGACUCCAGAGCGUUUUCACAUUUUAAAUCGACUGAGUUACCAUGGUAACUGACGUUUUUGGGACUUAUAUUCUGUUAUUGUAUUAGCUAGAACCCAAAUCUUGUGAAGGUAGAAUAUACCGAUUGGUUUACAGACAUAAAUUGACUAUUGACUUGUCAACUACUUUACCAUUGCCAAAUGUAAUUAUUUCCUCUUGACACACCAUUCUCAUCAGUAGAUAUUCAAAGAAAUCUGCAGAAAAAACGUUAACGCAUUUAUAUUUCUGGAAAUAUUUUUAAUAAAAUAUUUUUUUUUUUAUUCGACAUCGACAUAUAAUAAAACAUCAAGAAAAACCCAUAAAACAGAGUUUUCGCACCUGAAAAAUCUGUUCUUCCUGUUUGUAUGUGAAGUUAUCUGACCAUUGACCUUUAUUUCAAAUAUAAUUCAAAUAUUUCAACGACAUGCUUUUUUGACAGCAGAUUAUUCUUUUAGAAGUAAACUCUCUAAAACUGAUAUUAAACAGUAAUGUCAUGUGUAAUUUAAUCAAACUAAAGAUAUGAAAUGUUAAGAAGUAUGACACUGAAAACAACGUUAUUUUGUUCUUCAGCUGAUUUUCCUGCUAGCAUGCCUGAGCGUGAUUGUAUAAUAAACUGUUGUUGAGUGUCUUUAUGGAUGAUUGUGCCAAAUGGUUUGAAACAUAUUUGUUUAUCUUAGAUAACAUUUAUACCUUUGUUUAUGUUUAUUUGACGCUUUAUAACAUAAAUGUUUCGUUUUCCCGUUAGACUCUCUCAUUAUGAAGUGUGAAAAUCAUGUGAGUUAUAUAAAUUUCAUGGAAGACGAAGUACACUAACCCUGGGUUGUACCGUCAGCAAUGUUUACUUACUGUAAGCUCCCUGUGAUCUGAUUCAGGAUAUAUAUAUAUAUAUAUGAUUUUACAAUGGUACAAAUGUAUCGUAUAUGUUUUUCAGACGUAUGUAAAAUCACCGUUAAGUAAAUCCCUUUUUUGUAACUCAAAUUGUUUGAAAAUGAGUGAAUGGAAGAGUAGUUACUGAAAAAGAAUUCCUUGUAAUUUUCAGAUGCAUGUAUACUAGGGAACAUUAAGUUAUUGUUUUUAGUGUGAUUUAAAACCUGAAGAGAUAUGUAAUUGAAUGUGUAUAUUAAAACUAGUUCGUAUGGAAAUGAUAACGAUAUAAUGAUCUGUGAUCUCUAUGUUAUGUGGAUUUGGUAAUCGGGGAAGAACUUUUUAUAUGAGCAAAUCCCUCAGCUAAAUUGCCAAGUUAAGAAAUGGUGUAAGUUAUGAUUUCAAGAAAGUAUAUGAAUCAAUCACACAUAAACCACUAGCUGGUUAUUUGGUCAAGUAGGUGUAUUUUAUGUAUCGCUUUAUAGUAUCCGACUACGUCUAUAUAUCCUUGUUUCUGUUCAAUAACGUUUUACAUAAAAUUUCUGCAAUAGUGUUCUAGUUUUUUCAUCUGAUUAUGAUAUACCUUGUAUAACAUGCCAUACAUAUGACUUACUUUUGCAAUACCUAUUGAUUUAUUUUUAAUAGCUUAUAUGUUAUAAUGCUAAUUGUUAUAGAUAGAUCAUGUCAUUGGAUGUGUAUUGACACUUAGCAUUAAUGAUGAGUUCUGUAAAUAUAUGUAAGGUAUGGAUUUGUCUCCCUUACAACUUCAUUUGGUUAAUAAAAAGACAAAUAUUAACUCAGUCUACUUAAUUAAUAUAUUCUGUAGAAAGUUUGGUGAUUUUGUUUUAUUUACUGGAUAGCAGGUACCUGUGCUGUAAUGGAAGAUAUUUGAGGGCCAUAAUUGCCAAAUAGAUCUUAUGUAUUGAGUAAACAUCUGUAAUAAUUAAUUGUUUAUCGAAUCACAAUUAAAUAGUUAAGUGAGGUCAAGAGCUACUACAUAUAAGUGCGAAAUGGUAUCUACAAGAAAUAAUUUAGUCCUUAUAGCAAAACAUUUAAGACUUUUUCAUUCCAUCAUAUAGGAGUUUAAAAAAAAAACACAAAUCACUUGCGACAUUGUUUUAGAUUUCCUAUUAAGCUGUUGUGCUGCGUAAUAAUCCCCUUAAAACAAUCUUAAAUAAGAAAAAAGUUGUGUUAGAUUCAAAUAGAAGCAUUAAUUGAAUUAUUUCUUAUGUAAUGGCCAUUUUAAUUUUAAGUACUGUAAUUAUUAUAUACUUGUUGUAUGUCACCGCGACAUAACUAUAGUGUCGCUUGAUAGAAUUUAGUUUCGUUGUUGUCAUAUCAUCGAAGUAAAUAUAAAUAUUAAACAUUAAAAGUAAUAAUGCCUAUGAUGUAUGAAUCUCUUGUAAAACAUUCUCUGACGGAGAGUGAAUCUGAAAUAUCGUCGGAUUUGACACUGUUAUAACAUACUGAAUAUUUUAACAAAUAGAUAAUUUGUGAAAUAUUUCGUUGCAUUUGUUGUAAUAUGACACUUUAAGAAAAGACAUGACACAUUCUAUGACUUGGAAGUUUUAGCACUGUUUUAUAUAUACGCAGUUGUUUUCAGCCUGUUCUUACCUGUUAUCUACAACACGUUAAUCCGUGAACAUUUAUAUACAAUGUAUUUGGUAUGUGAGUUAUAUUUCGGUCGGUAAUGUUUGUUAUUAGUGAUGAAAUAUAGAGAGAGAAUAUUUGUGGUAUGGCAAUUGUAUUUCGGUCGGUAUGUUGGUUAUGAAUGAGGAAAUAAAGAGAGAGAAUAUGUGUAAUUAAUGUUCUAUAUACUUUGUGUAAAUAUAUACUUUAUGUAAAUAUAUUCAUUACAUUAAAAGACAUUUUCAAAUACGA